AUGGAUCAAUCAGCGCCUUUUCAAGUAAAAUCUCGUCACAAAGGUCGAGGCAUCUUCUCCAUCAAAACCUUUGCCCCAGGCGAUGUUAUCCUCCCAUUUACACCCACGAUUCUCAUCCCCUCGCUUUCUCACAUAAAUACCAUUUGCAGCCAUUGCUUUAAACGGGCAGAAGUGCGUGCCUGUUCCAGAUGCCACGCUGUGUCCUACUGUGAUGCUGCUUGUCAAGCGGCAAAUUGGACGGCUGUUCACUCCAAAGAGUGCAAGGUUCUGCGCAAGGUUACGGAACAAGGGCGCCCGGGACUACCAACGCCCAUACGUGCAGUCAUCCAAGCGCUAGUUAAGCCAGAGAUUGGUAAUUCUAUAGGGGAUCUGGAAGGUAAUGUCGCGUCUUGGCGGAAGAGUGAGAAAUGGGUGGACAUGGAGAUGAUGGCUAUGGGCGCGAGUGCCUUUGCUGGGUUGGGAACAGGUCAAGAGGAGGUUCAAAGGGCACUGAAUCUUCUCUGCAGAAUCCAAACAAACGCCUUUCACAGAUACGACACCGACCUGGGUCAAGUGGGCAUCUUUCUUGGGCCAAAGCUCGCCAUGGCGAACCACUCCUGUAUCCCAAAUGCCAUGGUGCAGUUUAUCGGCAGGAAAGCUGUGCUGAGGGCGGAGAAACCGAUCAAGAUCGACGAUGAGAUCGAAAUCUCUUACACAGACUACACGUUCCCUCUGUCAAAGCGAAAACAGGCACUGGCACCAUACUUCUUUGACUGUAUGUGUCCGAGGUGCAAAAGAGACCUCAACGUGUACCAAGUAUGCGCCGACUCACCUAUCAUUGGCAUGAAUCACCAUAGUCUUGUCGCGGAUGUUGGUAAACUUGGUCGACAUCCUGGAGCAACAGACCUAAACAAAGUUUCUGCGGCCAAAAGACACAGCGAAGAACUUUCUGAGCUACUAGAAGAGAAAGAAUCAACUGGGUCAUUGGAAACUCGCCGCUCAUAUCUACGGAAACGCUACCAACGAUGUAGAGGAUUGGCCGCCGAAGACAUGUGGGCGAUAUCACCGCUCCCACAACUGCUGUCGGAGAUAUCGAUCCUGUACGCCGAGGAAGGCAACUUUGCAUAUGCUUUGGUAACGGCAUGUUUCAUCACAACUUCCUGUGACUCUUAUCGUCAUGUUAUACCAUACCACCCGGUCCGCACCAAGGGUCUUUUACUCGUUGCCAAACUCCUAGCCAAUACUGCAGCAGACACUGCCUACCUUGAAAGUUCCCAAGCGGUAGCAGUCAAAGGGGACUUCAACCAACGGGCUCUUCAGACACUUCAGGAUAUCGACCAAGUAUCGCUGUGCCAGAUGUUGCUCAUCAUGAUUCUCAAGUCGGUUCCCAAGGGCUACGUGCAAGAGUGGGAGGUCUCGGUCACUGCAAAGCAGAUGUUGGAUGAGAUAGACCAACUACCAGGCAGAGGGCAAGAGCUAUCUCUGAUCAAUACUUGGAGAGAGGAUCCAGAAGCUGAUCAAGCGCGUGCCUUUUUUGAAUACGCUGUGGUGAAGCAAGUUGAUGCCCUGGCUAACCUGGGAUUGGAGGUACUCGAGAUGGAUUUCAGACAGUGA